AUGGCUCUCCAAAAGUCUCCUAAGGAAAUAGUACUUAUUACAGGAGGAGGUGGCUACUUGGGUGUCCGUUUGGGUUCUGCACUAUGUAAGAAGGGCAUCUCUGUGAUUCUAUUCGAUGUCAACAUUCCUAUUCAAGAUCUUCCCAAGGGAAUGAAGUUGAUACGGGGAGAUAUUUGCUGUUUCACUGAUUUAGAGAAAGCUUUGCAAGAUGUUACUUGUGUUUUCCAUAUUGCUUCCUUUGGCAUGUCUGGAAAGGAACAAUUGAAUUAUAAGGUUAUUGAAGCUGUCAAUAUAAAAGGCACAGAAAAUGUACUCCGGGCUUGCAGAAGGAAAGGGGUGCCAAGAUUGGUUUAUACUAGUACUUAUAAUGUUGUGUUUGGAGGCCAAGUUAUAAUCAAUGGGGAUGAAUCUCUGCCCUACCUACCUCUUCACCUUCACCCUGAUCACUACUCCCGCACCAAAUCUGUUGCAGAGAAAAUAGUGUUGGAAGCAAAUGGAACAGCCUUGGAAAGAGGAGUUGGUGUUUUGAGGACCUGUGCUUUGAGAUCAGCUGGUAUCUAUGGGCCUGGAGAAAAAAGGCAUCUUCCUAGGUUAGUGAGAUAUAUUGAAAAGGGCUAUUUCAAAUUUGUGUAUGGGGAUCCCAAAAGCUUGGUCGAUUUUGUCCAUGUGGAUAACUUGGUACAAGCCCACAUUUUGGCCUCUGAAGCAUUGAAAGCUGACAAGAAAUACAUUGCCUCUGGGCAGCCUUAUUUUAUCUCUGAUGAAAGACCAGUGAACAAUUUUGAAUUCUUCCGGCCUUUAGUGGAGGGCUUGGGCUAUCCAUUCCCCACCAAACGCCUACCGUUAACCCUCAUCUAUUUUAUUGCUCUCAUGACAGAGAUGGUUUACUUCUUGUUUGGUAGAUUUUAUAAUUUUCAGCCUUUUCUCACCCGAACAGAAGUUUAUAAAACUGGAGUCACACACUAUUUCAGCAUAGAGAAGGCUAGAAAGGAACUAGGUUAUAAAGCCCAGCCAUUUGACUUCAAGGAAGUGAUAGACUGGUUUAAAGCUAAGGGUCAUGGUAGAAAGUUCCAAGACUAUACCUUGAAGUAUCUUAUUUGGAAUGGCAUGUUGAUUUUUCUCCUAGCUAUUGCAGUUCUCACAUGGUUUCAAAUGACUGUGGCGACAUCAGUUUGA